AUUCAGCAAGAAACCUAACAGUUCAAUUCUCAAGUACGACACUUUCAUAAUUUUCAAUUCUCUAGUCUUCGAUAUCAAUCUCUCAAGAUGUUCAAGCAAACAUUUUCAUCUCUUUUCCUUGUGAUGCUACUUGCGAAUAUGCACACAGCAUUUUCAGUUGAUCCUGCAGCAGAACCCGUACUUGAAUUAUAUAUGCACGACAUUCUUGGUGGCAGUAGCCCUACAGCUAGGCCAAUCACUGGCUUGCUAGGUAACAUCUACAGCAGUCAAGUCCCCUUCGCCAAGCCGAUAGGAUUCACUGUUCCAAGUAAUGGGGUGGCUGUCCCUAAUGCCAAUGGUGCCAUUCCAACUGUAAAUGGCGCCACCGGACUCCCACUAGGAACCGGCCUAUCUGGAACAGCUUUUGCAGGAAAUACAAACGACCAGAACCAGAAUGGCAAUAUCGCAACGCAGCUAGCAGCAGAUGGAUUGGGGCUGGGAUUCGGGACAAUCACUGUCAUCGAUGACAUACUGACUUCUAGCCCUGAUUUGGGUUCACAAACCCUUGGAAAAGCUCAAGGUAUUUAUAUGGCAAGCUCUGCAGAUGGAUCAAGACAGCUGAUGGCAUUUACAGCUAUGAUGGAAGGAGGGGAGUAUAACGAUAACCUCAACUUCUUUGGAGUGUACAAGAUUGGAAGUACCAUGUCACAGUUGUCAGUGACUGGUGGCACAGGUAAGUUUAAGAAUGCCAAUGGAAUCGCAGAGCUGCGACCACUGAUUCCUCCAGGCCAACAUGCAACUGAUGGUGCAGAAACAUUACUGAGGGUUACUGUGCACUUGAACUAUUGA